GAGCAGCAACUGGUCGGGAGGAGGCUCAGGAGGCUGGAACGAUGGACGUGGCUGGCACAGCGGCAGUGAUGGCUCUCGCCCGGAAAAGUGCUGAAGCGGAGGAGGAGGCAGGCGCCUGCCGGCGCAGACGCGAGGAGGAGAGGCAGCCAAUGCGCCAGGAGAUCCAGGAGUUGCGGCUGCGGAACAGUGCCCUCAGCGCAGAAAACGCUUCGAUGGCUUCCGCACGUGCCGAGUACGUCGAGGCGGUUUCAGAAGAGAGUGCGCAGAGAACUCUUCUCCGCAUGAACUCCGAGAUGUUCGCCGGUCAGCACAAAAUGCUGGAGAAGGUGCAGUCCGAAAACUCGGCGCUGUCUGAGCAGCUGGCACAGAAAAAGGCCGACGGCGACAAGAGCUUCCAGGAGAGCCAGCUUUGUGUUCUACGUAAGUCGCAUCUCGGACAGGCGGAGCACAGCCACCAGGUCGAGGAUCUGGAGAAGCGACUGAAGCUGCAGGAGGACGACUGCAGCGAACAGAUAAAGCGUGGUCGCCACUGGUUCACCAAAUGCAAGGCGGAGGACCCGACUCCUCCUUGCCAUUCUUUGAAGCGCCGUCCCUACGUUUGCAGGAGCUGCUGGAGGCGAAAACCACGGCGAAACUGGCCGAGGAGGACGCACGAGAUGGUGGGUAGCCUGCAAGCAUAG